AUGUGUACCAACGCCUGUCAGUCCGCUCUAAAGGCGCCGCCGAUCGCAUCCGACCAGCACCAAGUCUCCGCAGUUUCUGAGCUCGACCUUAACGGCACAACUCGCACCACAGCGCACGUCUUUGCCAUCGGUCUGGGAAGAGAGAGAAGAAGACCAAGCCUGUACUUGGACCGACUCUUCUACUAUCUCAGCAUCCUCGCCCUUCUUAUCCCUCUGCGCCGCCCUCUCUCUCUUCCUAACCGCAUCGUCGUCUAUCGCGUCCGCCACGAUUAUCCGGGCGAAUCCUUCUCCGACGAAGACUUAUCCUCCCACGCCUCUACGAAUGUCUCGUCAUUCUCCGAGGCCUCGACGAGCGUAAUGCUCUCCGUCGCGGUCUACAGCGCAGAACCCACUCUCACCUCCCGUCUCACCGUCCCUCACAUCUGUCUACUCUUGAUCUACUCAAUCUUGAGCCAGGAAUUGACAUCCCUUGUUUCAGGAAUGUGUAAAUCUGCUACAGGGGACCUGUUUUCUGCGCUAUUGUCGACGAUAUUUCACUCCGGUCGUCCAUCGAAGCUACAAACAAGCGUGACGUUUCAACAAUUUCCGGGUUUGAGAGAAAUUCUCAAGCAGUGGAGGAAGCACCACCAAUCCGACUCUGCCCUCCUUCGACAACAAAUCAACGGCGGCGGACGCGCCCAAGCCAUCCAUUUGAAAGGAGAGAUUUACUGCGUCUCGGAAUCACCCUAUCACUCUAUCAACACCGUCGUUAGGUUUGGUUACAUAUCAUGUCUGCGAACGACAAUAAGCCGAGGUGCUCUCCCUUUCCCCUUUAUUCGCCUUCUUGCCCUCAUGGCUGCCUCCCAAUCCGACGCCGCCGUCAUGAUCGUCGCCGGCUUCGUUAUUUACAGUCCGCCUCCUUGUUACGGUCGCCGUCUGCCUGCUGCUCAAUCUGCUCGCCGAGGAAGGGCGAAAGUCUCGCGCUAA